AUGGUCCUCCUUGUCGCCGGCAUUCAGAUGGGGUGUGUGGCAGGUGAGGGCCUGUUGUUGGAGUAUUCCCAGCGCGAGCCAAUGGAGUCCCGAGGGAAGAUGAAAGCGGAGUUCACCAUGAUCACCAUGGCAGGUUCCCUGGCUUCUGCCGGUUUUGUCGGUGUGUUCAUGAACGGCAAGGAGUACUUGGGCACGUUCGACUGGGGCAUGUCCUUCCGAAGCCUGAUGGCCGUGUGCUUCGUGAUCGCGACCGCCUUUAUCCCUCUAAGCCUUUGGUGCGUCAAGGAACCCAAGAAGGUGGCGAUUCUGCUUGCAGUUUUCGGCCUGACCAUCUCGGACUCCGUCCCAACUUUCCUCACCGUGUUCAAUGUGGUCAGAGAUCAGUAUUUCUUCCUUGGUGAAGACAUUAUUGGUGCGGUGCCCACCACGACCCUUUCCUUGGUUAUUAACUUGAUGGUCAUUGAACUCGCAGAGCCUGGACGGGAAGGUCUCUGCUAUGGUUUGAUUGGGACCGUCAUGCAUGCCAGCCAGCCCAUUGCCACCGCCAUGAGCAAUCAGGUUUUCGGCCUCUUCCAGCCCAACCUGUCCGAUCCCCGCAACUACCUUGCAGACACGCCCAGCUUCAGGAACACUGUCGCGUUGUCCUACGUGCUAGCCUACG